AUGCCAAUCGUCGACUAUCCUUGCAGCCAAAAGGAAAGUUUUACAACGGUUAAUAAUAGUUUUGGCCAGGAAAUUGCCAUUCAAUCCAUUCAACAUGCACCUGAACACCUGCAAUAUAAAAUCAUCCAUCAUCCAAAAAUGACUUUCAUGUCUGCUUUAACGUAUUGCUUGAUAGGCUUGGUGUUGUUAUGGUUAUGCUGGAGCAAAUGCCAAGGAUCUCUACUUUACAAUCUGGCUUCUAUCAUUUUGUGCUUACUAUUAAGCAUCCUUUAUUUCGGCCAAGUCCAUGAAGAAUCUAUUAUGGUCAUUAAAGAUCUUGGUCUGCAAGUAGGAGUUACGUACAAAAGUGGCUAUAGGAAUGUUCGUUUUAUUGCUAUAGAUAAUAUUGAAACUAUUGCCAUCAAUGAAGCUAUAACCAUGCACAUGGUUAUCUUUUAUCUAUCGGUCUUAAUGAAGAAUGAACAACUCAUACCAUUAUUUACGGUAGUUACUCUGUCUUUUUUGUUUUUAGUUUCAGAUGCUGUAAUUUAUAAAAUUUGGAUAUUUGUACAAGUAUUUUCUUAUAUAGAUUUCCUAUAUCGAUAA